UAAUGCAAAACUCAAUAAAGAUGAAGGGGAUCUCUUAGAUGACCCCACCAUGUAUAGACGAUUAAUCGGUAAACUCAUCUACUUAACGAUUACUCGUCCUGACAUUUCUUUUGCUGUCAAUAAGCUAAGUCAAUUCUUAACUUCUCCAAGGACUCCUCAUCUCAAUGCAGCGCAUCGUAUCCUUCAAUAUUUAAAGGGUACUCCUGGCCAAGGCCUCUUUUUUUAUGCUAAAUCCCCUCCUUACUUAAAUGCUUAUGCUGAAACUAACUUUCAAUGUGAAGAUCUAUCUCUCAAAAUUUUCACAGAUGCAGAUUGGGCUUCUUGUAGUGAUACCAGACGGUCUGUGUCUGGUUACUGUGUCUUCCUUGGCCAAUCUCUCAUCUCAUGGAAAUCUAAGAAGCAAACCACUGUCUCUAGAUCAUCAGCUGAAGCUGAAUACCGUGCUAUGGCCAACGCCACAUGCGAGAUCACAUGGCUUCUCUCCUUACUAAAGGACUUUGAUAUUCACCAUUCUCAUCCCGCCAUUCUCUAUUGUGACAACACGGCUGCUAUACACAUAUCGGAAAACCCGGUGUUUCAUGAGAGGACGAAGCAUAUCGAGAUCGAUUGUCAUCUUAUUCGUGAAAGAGUUCAAGAUGGCACCAUCAAACUUAUUCAUGUCCCCUCAAAGCACAACCUUGCUGAUGUUCUCACAAAGCCCCUGUUUUCAAAUCAAUUUCAUGAGUUAAUCUCCAAGAUGAAUGUAAAAAAUUUAUACAGUUCAUCUUGAGGGGGUGUAUUAGGAAUAUUAGUAUUGGGUUGUUGUAACUGGUUUCUGUUAUGUGUGUACUUUCUGUUAUGGUUUGGUUUGUCUCUUGGACCUUUGGUUAUAUAAGGGUCCUUUGUGUAAUAAUAAAGUAAGUGAGGUUUUCCUUUCUUUGUCUGAUGGGUAUUCACUAAUAAAGAUAUGUAAAGUUGAUAGACAUGUGUUUGUUAGAUCAAAAUGGUAAUUAUUGGGCUUCAUACUAAUUUUUCAAUUUUCAUAGUUUUAGUGAAGGUGAUACCCAUUUUUGAUGAGGUACAUCUGAUAUUGAAUGUUUGAGAUAGGAAUUUAUGAAAGUAGUGAAUUCUUCCAAUUUGUUGAUUUUAUCCCAUUUAUAUUUAAUGUAUAAUUCUCAUUGUAUGUAUGUUUUUUUACACAUGGUUAGUUAUUUUAAAAGGUAUGACCCAGUUUCAAAAUUAGUAGUGGUAUGUAAAUAUUUCAAUUGUUUUAAUGUUUUGUGACUAUAGUGGUGGUUCUGAUUGAUAAUUUAGUGUAUAAUUAGGGGUUGUGAAGAGGAUAGAGAAUAGAUUUAAAGUAGGCAGUGCAGUUUAUUUGUUUGCCCAAUGGUUCUGGUUUGUGAAAUUAAGUUUGUGUUUUUGUUCAUUUUAAGGGACCAUGUUUGUUGUGAAAUAAAUUUGGAGGCAAUUAAAAAUUUUCUUUAUUUAUGGUACUAUGGUAGGUUAUUAUGGAUAAAAAGAAAUUAAGCAAAAUAUUGUUGCCAUUGAUUUCACACGAGGCUGAAAUAAAAGUAUUUAAACAUGAACUUGCUUCUAUAAGGCAUGAUGUUUCAGAGUUACUUCGUAAUUCAUUAAGAGACGUUGAAGAUGAGAUUAUGUUAGACAAUUUGCUUGAGGAAGCUAUGCGGAUAAUGAUGAAGUUGGAAAGUUGGAACGUGAAUUUAAAGAAUGUUUCGAUUGGUAAUAUGGAUUUUCAGCUGAGUGGUGAAGGUGCUACUAAUGUUGACAGUGCCAGAGUUGACUUGCAUCUAGUUGGGUUUGUUGAUAGAAACUUUGUGGAGGAUGAGGGGCUAUUGCAUAAUAUGGGUCCGGUUGAUAAUUUGGAAAUUGAAGGGCAGGAUAUUUGGUUAGUUUCGUUGAAUGGGAAAAGCGAAGGGGAUGACACGCAAUUGAAUAGUUCAAAUGAUGUUAUAUUGUCAAAUGCAUGUGCUAACAUCGACUCAGGUGAUUUGAAGCCGAACCUUCACUCUGAGGAUCAAUACCAUUUAAAUAUGUUGAAAGCUGAUGAGGUAGAUGUAAAAGAAAAGGAGAACGAUGAAUGUUACACAAUGGUUACGCCAGGGAAUUUGGUUGAGGUAGACAUUGUGGAUGGAGAUAUUGAUGUGGUAGGAGAUUUGGUAGAUGUGGUCGCGAAUAAUAAUUUGGCUAAGACAACAUUACAGGAGGAACAAUUGGAAAAGUGUAGUCCUCGUAUGUGUAUAGAAAAUCGUAUGUCUACUGAGAAAAUAUUUGAUAGUAAUUUAGUGAAUACGGGUGCUGAAAUAGGUGACUUUUGUAAGCAUCUUGAUGGAAUCACAGAUAUGUUGACCUUCGGGAAGAGAAGAUCCAACACUAUAUUUUGCAGUCUCGAGGAUGAAAUAAGAUGGCAUUUCAAAGAUGAGAUGGAGUUGUUCCUUCAAUACGAUGGUUCUGGAUUUGAUUGUGAUAUGUUCGAUGUGAGAGACAAUGAAAUUGGAUUCUUUGAUGCGCCAGUUCUUUAUUCCCAGCAAGGAUAAUUAACCAUGGGGUGUGGGGAGAUCUGGAUGAUUUACCUGGCUGGGAGAAAAUUAUUGUGAAUUAUGUUCUUGACCCAACUUUGCCAGCCAAGUAAAUUUUAUAUAGGUUUUUUGGUAUUGAACGCUCAUUUGUAAUGUUUUUAUCAAAAGUUAUAAUUGUUUUAUAAAUAUUUUGUACAGUGAGAUUGUAUUUCUUGGGGAUAAAGUGAUUGGGAGGAGAGUGGACUUUCUAACAUUGAAUGCACAUCAACUGGUUAGCGCUAGAGUUGUAAAUUGUUUAGUAGAGAUUUUAUGAGCAGAGAAGGUUUUGGACAUGGUAUGAGGAUAAGGUGUAGGUGGAUUCCGACAGUGUUAUCAGCAUAUGCUCCUAUGCUUGUAAAGAGACAUUGGUUUCUUGCAAUUUUGAAGUUCGAAAAGAAUUUUGUUGAAUUGUAUGAUAACCUUAAAAUUCCUUCGACACCAUUUGGUCUUGCUAUAAUUGAGAAUAUGUUGGGGUCAAUGGACAAUGCAUUUAGUAAGACGUUGAAGGAGGUGCAAGGGAGUGAUUUCCGUUUCUGGGGUUUUCAUAUUGAGCAACCUGUAUCUCACAGCAAGGAGUGUGUAUAGUAUGACUGCGGUGUGUAUAUGAUGAAGAUGCUUCUACAAGAAUAUGUGCCUGAAGUUCUAAGUCGACGGACAGAUGAUAAAAUAGAUGAUUUGGAACUUGGGAAAUGUGUAUGGAGUGGACCAACUAACGUAUGUAGUUAUUUAUUCAAAAUGUUUUGCUAAAGUAUCUUUUUGUUUUUUUACAACAAUGUAACAUUUGUAUUAAUUGUUCUGUUUGUGUCCUAGGUAGCAACCGAGUUAGAUAGGCAACUUAUUGCAAGAAGAAUAUUGACUUUCGGCAUUAAUGGAGUAAGAGAUAAUCUAAUUGAAAAGGCAUACAAAUGGUUGUGAAAGUAGUAGGGAUACAUACGGUAUGUGUGAAGUCUUGUAGAACAAUAUUAUAUUGAUAUUCCCCAACAGCCAUUUCUUUUGAUUGUAUUCCCCGUAAAUUCCAAGGUUUUAUAUUACAAUUGUCGUAAGAUUUUAUGUUUUGUUAUGAAUACAUAGAAUAUGUGAU